UUCAAGUCAAAGGUUUUUCCGGAUUGCUAGCAAAUAUUUUUAUAACUAACCCAUCAUUAGUAGCUGUUUCUACUAUAUGUGUAGCUAGCUUACAGAGCUGUCUCGGUAGGCAAUAGGAAAGUCUAAUAACUAUGCUAAACUGUGAAGUUCAGGAAAAUGUCUUAGUCUGACAGUUACAUAAAUGGACUGAUGAUUACUUUUCAACUGUCGUGAAUUCACAGUCAUUCAAGCAACUGAGUGCUUGCUAAGCUAGCUAGCUAGCAGCCAGCCAGCCUCUAGCAAUGCCUCUCGUCCCUGCAAACCAGCCACAAUUGAUUCGCUCAAGUCAGAAGGACGAACAUUAUCAACACUGUCUGAGGAACAACGCGAAUGAAACUUUCCAGACUCUUGCAGGGUCCAAGAGAUGGCUGCACUGGAGAAAAGAGUUCGAACUUCUGUCAGACCUUGCAUACUGUGGUUUAACCACAUUCUCAGGGUACCAAACGUUGGGUGAGGAGUAUGUCAAUAUCAUCCAGGUGGACCCCACCCUGUGCAGACUGCGGGUGUGUGGCAUGACAGGGGAUGACGAGGCCAUCCAGAGCAGUUACAGGCUCCUGGGCGUGGUCUCCCUGCUGCAGCUGGCCCUCACGCUGGUCCUGCAGCUCAACAUCCACCGGCAGAGACAGAGAGCCCGGCAGGAGUGGAGACAACACAGGAACCUGCCUUCCAGGUCCCAGUCUGUAGAGGAGACCAACUCACCCCGUGCCUCUCGCUGUAUCCUGUGCCUAGAGGAGAGGAGGCACUCGACCUCUACCCCAUGUGGCCACCUGUUCUGCUGGGAGUGCAUCACAGAGUGGUGUAACACCAAGACAGAGUGCCCUUUGUGUCGUGAGAAGUUCCAGCCUCCUCGACUAGUCUACCUGAGAAACUAUUAGCCGAAGAGCCAGAACCACUAGCGUGGCUUUUAUUACAUGGCUUCACUUCCUAAAUGACUGGAUCGCCACAUUGAACUGUUGAAUCGUUAAACACAACUGUGUCUUUCUUAGAGUUUAGCUAUCCCUGUUCAAGUUACGUCCGAAUAGCAGCUCACUUCAGAGAAUGCCUGGAGAUCUUAUUUUGGGCCCUUGAUUCAGAUAUUACUGAAAACUCUGUAUCAAGAUAUCUCCAGUGUGAACAAAAUGGUUAAAGCAUUUCAAAUUGUUUUCGUAAUGUUGCAGAAUAUUAUUGUAAAGAUCUGUACAGCUCUGUCCUCAGCCCUUUCAUUCUGUAUCAUGGAUACACACUGGAAUAAUUUGUGUGUGUAUUUUUUUAUGGGAAUGCAUAAUGCAGUGCACUAUAUUGAGCAAUCAUUAAUUUUGAAAUGGUUUGCAUAUGAAUGAUGUUUGGAUUGUAUGUCUAAUUUAUCUAAAUUAAAACUUAAUAAAAUAUGAAUCAACUAUGCAACUUUUGUAAUAAACAACUGUGCAAUUA